AUGUACGGAGUACUUCUCACGAAGUCUCUGAACGCGGUGAAGGAGGCAAGAACCGAAUUGAGACGACGUGGGAAUGUGCGAACCAUUAAGUGGAGCCGGUGUACGUACAGUAUAUUUACCCAGCUUGCCAACGAAGAAGGCGCGGGUGAUUCACCAUCUACAAACUCCCUGCACUUCCAUCUUCGCUUCUAUAAGCUUUGCCUCUUCUUUCUCACCGUCAUCUUGAUAAUGUACCGUGCGAAACUGACUGGUUCAACCAUAGAGGAGGAUUCUCAGCCCAGGCUGCCCGAGCUAACAUCAUCCACCCACGUCAGCGAGAUCGCCCGGCCAUGUGAGGUCCGGGGAACGAGGAGACUCGAGAAGGAAAAGGCACUAAGACCUGAGACGGGGCGAGCUGGCGGGUGCCUCAACCGGCAUAGUAUCCUGCACGGUUCCAAUGCCAUCAGCAAGCAUCAGCAAGUCAGCGUGCCUCCGAUUGAACAUUGUUUCUCGUCAAUAAGCUCUCACAUCUGCUGUGUUCCCAUCCUUAUGGGGCUUGGCGUUGUCGAUUCGCCGGUCGGCAUUUUGCAGCGUCAGAUUCUCAGCGAUGCUCACCUAAAGCACCUGCCUUUCUGUAUCCUACGACUCGAUAACAUGAUGAAGACGCCGCACCGGAAGAGCAAGCGAGCACACGAGCACCUUCCACUCACAGCCUUACCGUCAAGUGAGGUAAUCAAUGCCAGUAUUGGACGGAUACUCGGGCAAUCGGAAGGGAAGGUGAACUUCUUCGGAUGGAGGGGCGGGAGACGACCUCCAUGUCUUGUCCAACUACCGAUUAGAGAGGCAGCAGAAAGCCGUUUUCGUCGAUUGACUAUCUACAACUUCCACCGUUGCUACCGAGCAGGAAACAAACGAAAGCUUAUUUUACCGAGCGUUCCCACAUUAGAUGGUCGAACCACGCUGUGUCAACCUUUCGGGAGAAUUGAUGGGACACGCGCGAUGCCACCGCUUUCACCUGCCCCUCUAUUGCGUGCCAUCAUCAGCCAGCGGGCCACAGAUCAGCUCACCGCGUCUUGCGGAUCGUCUCCGGAUUGCAUAGAGGUUUUCUGCGGAUGGCCAGUAUCAGGGCAAUAUGGAUUUGGCCAGCGAAUCCUGUAUUACAUUCUUUUGGCAGUAUGCGUACUAGCUCGUGGAGAGAAAUGGAUCAGAGAUGUCUGCAUAGCAGCGGCAUUGAUCUUACCGGCCGUGGCUGCGGUGCAUGGGAUCGUUCUUGCUGCGCUCCACGUAAAUGACGCUGCCGAUAUGGAUAUCUACGGGGCGCUUCAAUUCUGCUCCAUUGGCAUUCUCGCAGUUCCGUUGACGGUCAAGAAGUCCGAGACGUACUUCCACGAAAAGGGACGCAACACUGUCUUUGUGUGGACGAGUCUGUUACUAGCAGGUCUCGUGAGCUUGGCUGUCGAGUUCUACCGAUCCAAUUCUAUUCCCUGCUAUCAAGACAACAACGGCAAUCCAAUAUCGUCGGACCCGAGAAAGUUCCCUUACGGAGACAGUCCAUUAUGCGGUAUUACCUGUUCCCAGACAGACGGGCCAUUUUCUCGCUUGAGGCAAAAGGCUGCUAGUGAAAUUUUCGUGGUGCCGAGGCCGAACGAGCUUCGAUUUGGAAACGCCAUGUUUCUCGCGGUGGCAUGUUGCGUUCCGGCCAUAAUCUCGCUCAUCUCUAUGAGAAACAAGAUCGUUAUCACCGAUUGGAUCAAGAGGCAGAACGGGCCGCAGAAGGAAAAGGGAAACGAAUCCGAUGAAUCCAAGGAUCUACACCGAACGUUUAGCGGGUUCCUGAAUCUGAUCGAGAUCUUCGUUUUUGGCGGCGCUGCCUUAGCCAUUCUCAUCCUCGGAGAGAUCAAUCUCUGGAGCCCCCAGAUGGACUAUCAUACCGAGCCAUUUGGAAGCGUUGGCCAAUGGGGCACCAUUGUUGCAACAGGGCUAGCAAUCGUGGGAUCAUUCCUCAUUUACCUCCUAGACGGUAUAAACGAGGCCCCGAAAGACCCGCUUAGCAUCUGUGGCUGCGAACACUGUCGAUUGAUCUAUGAUCGGGCUCGAGAGGUAGACUCGGAGUCUUUCCAAGAAAGUGAAGAUGGGCAUGCAGACCACAUUGAGCAUGGCUUGCCGCCACUCACGAGCACGUCUACGCGCGGAACUCAGACAACCAAGCAAGGUCCGGGACAUAGACGAAAGGUCUCUGCCGGCCUGGUCAAAGUUGGCAAAUGGUUCGGCAGCACUACCGAAGAUCCAUUUGGGGCCCCCGACUACAGGGAAAAGCAGUGGCCAGAAGUUCCUGGAGAGCGGUUCAGAAGUUCCGCCUUGAAAGAUACGGCUGAACAGUACAGCACAUACCGAGAACAUGAACCACAGGAGCCAGUAUCACCAGGACACCACUCAGGAAGCGAAGGCGGGCCCGCGACGCCACGACCUAUAUCACCCAUAUCACAGGAAUCGCCAUUGUCGCCUCCGCCACCGAGCAGAGCUAGGCCAAGGAACAACUCGGAGCCUGUUUAUUCACGAUCGCCAUCGCGGCGGCGACCAGGCUCGCCUUCUUCUCCGGCUGGAUCGCCCGAAGGCCCGCGAACUCGACGCCGGCAGACUCUUGAGGUCCCUGGGCAACGUCAUUUUUUGAAGAUGGUUGGUCAAAUCCGUUGUGAGAUUUCUUGUUCUCCUUUGCCCGCAUUUUGGGAGGCGUUCGGUGUCAGUGCUGCUCGAUAUCCAGCCAGAAGUACAGAAAUGCCACAUACGGGACAUUUGAGGCCGAGUUUCAGAGCCGAUGAAGGCAGUCUACCGGGGUCGGAGCUGGGGAACCAAGUCGUCAACAUCGAUGAUGCCGGUCUCGAACUUGUUCAACAACUUCCCCGCGAAAGCUUAAUUUCCUCCCGGAUAGUCUCCAGGGCUGCGCGGUCAUGUCCGCAGUCCUCACGCCUUCCGACGGCGUGGCGUCGGUACUCAUCGGUACCGAGCAAUAAGCUGCCGCUUGAGGGGUAUCGUGUGCUGGACAUGACGAGAGUUUUGGCUGGACCAUACUGUACACAAAUUCUGGGAGACUUGGGCGCCGAGGUGAUAAAAGUCGAACAUCCCGUUCGCGGCGACGACACUCGAGCAUGGGGUCCUCCUUACGCAACCUACAAAGCCGGCUCCUCCAAAGAAGGACCCGGCGAAUCGGCCUACUUCCUCGCAGUGAACCGCAACAAGAAGUCACUAGGCCUCAACUUCCAACACCCCUCCGGCACAGAAAUCCUCCACAAGCUCGUCUCACAAUGCGACAUCCUCGUAGAGAACUACCUCCCUGGCACUCUCAAAAAGUACAAAAUGGACUACGACACCCUCCGCGCCAUCAACCCAGGCCUCAUCUACGCCUCCAUCACGGGGUACGGCCAGACUGGCCCGUACUCGGACCGCGCGGGCUACGACGUCAUGGUCGAGGCCGAGUUCGGGUUGAUGCACAUCACCGGCAGCCGCGACGGGGAACCCGUCAAGGUCGGCGUCGCUGUUACGGACCUCACGACGGGGUUGUAUACGAGUAACAGUAUCAUGGCGGCGUUGCUUGCGAGGGGGCGGACGGGGAGGGGGCAGCAUAUUGAUGUGGCGCUGAGUGAUUGCCAGACGGCGACGUUGGCGAAUAUUGCGAGUAGUUGUCUGAUUAGUGGGAAGAAGGAUUCUGGACGAUGGGGGACCGCGCAUCCCUCCAUCGUGCCGUAUAAAUCCUUCAAGACAAAAGACGGUGAUAUCCUCUUCGGCGGCGGCAACGAUCGACUCUACGGCAUCCUCUGCCAGGGACUGAACAAACCAGAAUGGCAGCACGACGCAAAAUACGCGACAAACGCCCAGCGCGUCGCCAACCGCGUCGAGCUCGAGGCGCUCAUCGAGCAAGUCACCGUCACCAAGACGACGGCGGAGUGGUUACGCGUGUUCGAAGGUAAGGGGAUGCCGUACGCGGCGGUGAAUGAUGUGCAGGGCACGCUGGAGCACGAGCAUACGAAGGCGCGGAACAUGGUUGUCGAGAUGGAGCACGAGGAGUGCGGGCCGAUUCGGAUGGUGAAUACGCCGGUCAAGUAUUCGGAGAGCGAGCCGAGCGUGAGGAGCGUGCCGCCGACGUUGGGGCAGCAUACUGAUGAGGUUUUGGGGGGGCAUCUUGGGUUCUCGGAGGAGAGGAUUCGGGCUUUGAAGGGAGAGGACCCGAGCCCACGCGCGAGCACUGCAAUUUUAACCCCUCCAAAGGCCAUUUGCAUGACCAAAGAAGCGGAUUUGAUCGUUGAUCAUUUCACUGCAAUCUUAAUCCCUGGAAGGUGGGAUGCUAUGGGCGUUUUCGAUCGCCUAAGCCUGUCUGUCCACUGCACUACAAUCGCUUCUGAACUCCGUCUUUCCUGCCCCACCUUGAUUGGCCUGGCUGACCGAGGGACUCCAAGUGGUCGCGUGUUUGAUGGCAUUUCUGCGGUUGACUUCCUGCGUACACAGCAAGCCGUCAUUAUUAUUUUCUUUCUUCGAAACAGAUACCCGUUGCCUCAAAUUCUAUUCCUCAUUAAUCGAUGGGCCAGUCUUUUUAAUUUGAGCUUCUGCAUCCAGAAGCUGGAAUAUCUCGGCCUUUGCAUCACCUUCUUGCUCUCACAAGCCAUCCACACCUUACACGCCUGCAUCGCGGCACAAGCCGCACCUUUCAAUCUCAACAUGUCAGACCCAUCGGCUUCAGACCUUAUGGCAGUCGAUGCAGACGCUACUGAUGAGUUUCAAUUCGGCGAAAUUGAUACCACAGUCGAAAUGGAGGUCCUGCCCACGAUGACCGUUCAAACACAGCCAGAAGAUGUGCAAACAGCUCCCGUCGAAGCCGAAUCUCACCUGCAGUUGCCUGCGCCGAUUGCGCAAAUAGAAAUUGAGCCUGCGCCAAUUGAGCAUCGCCAUGAUGUACAGACACCGCCUCGUGUGUCAACUCCUCCGCCAGCUAUUGAACAGCAGUCGUACCAGCCACAGUUCUCUCUUGCGACUUCACGAUUCAUCAUGAGUCGUCACAGAGGCGCUACCCCGGCAUCACCACCGCCCCAUCUCGUCGCAACUCCUCCUCCCCCUCCAACUCCUGAGGUCGCCCCAGAGGAAGUCGAAGAUACACCUGUGGACUACUCGCACCUGCCUAUGACCGUUUAUCUCCCGUACGCAGAACCCCAAUCAGUUCCGCCCAGCUCAGUACCAUCUUCUGGAGCAAAGCGGAAGCGCGCGGCAGCGGAAGAUGAGGCUUCCCGGAAAUCCGCAAACAUCCCCGCCUACCAGGAACCCGCAAUCCUCAAGCGUCCCGUACCUAGACCGCCGGUGAAGAGGAAGCGCACCAAGGAUGACGGCAGCGGAAACCCAAUGUGCGUCAAGUGCAACCGCAUCUCUGCCACAGACGGCAACCCCAUCGUCCCCUGCGGCUGCGGCGAGGCCUGGCACCAGCUUUGUCAUGACCCAGAGAUCUCGGCAGACGCCCUGGGCGGCGGUUCCUCCAAGUUCAAGUGCGUCACCUGUAAGGAGGAGGACAAGCAGCAGGCCAAGUAUCAGCGCGAACUUGCAAAGUACCGCGAGGCGAAGCAGGAGCAGUCGGAGUGGAAGAGGCACCACAACGAGGUGGAGAGGAAGCGCGAGAAGAAGCUUGCCACCCUACCACAGUUCCCUAAGCCGAGCCUCAUUGGCUUUGAACGAGGCAGUGCCAGUGGCAGUGAGAGACGAGAGUACUUUUCAGGUCUCAAGAGGAGCGAUCUCCUCAAUCUCCUCUUAUUCAGCGAACAAAUCCACCCCGGCCUUCUCGUAGACGUCCUCGCCUCUGUCUCCAAGAAGCACCCCGACCUGCCUCUCUUCAGCUCGCCAGAUUGGGCUGAACCAAAAGUUCAACACCGAGAAUCACAGCCCCGCCGCCAGCAAGACUACCGCCCGGCUUCCAAGCCCUCGAAGCAGCGGUCCAAAACAGGCGGCGUCCGCAAGAUCCUCAAGACCGCACCCACCGGCGCAGCCGAUCAAGCAGAGGCAGACGCCGAAGACUCGGAGGACGCACUCCCCGAAUCCUGGCCUAAAGCCGGACAUGGUCUCUACCAGCGGCUGAAGUCCGAGAAGGAUGACCCGAUGUUGUACGACGACAACGACGAGGAGGCGUUCAGUCACUUCAUGCAGCCCGGCAAUCCUCAGUAUGAGAGCUUCGACAAAGAACAGCGGGACAAGGCACUGGGAUUUCUGCACAAAAAGUUGGCGGGCAUUACAGAUGGCGCUGCACGUGCGGCGGCAACUCCUGGGGACGUUGAUGCGCAGAUGGCUGAUACCCCCGAGACCACGACGAAGGGACGGCAGACGAAGCGAAGUAAACAGGCUGGCACAGUCGUCGCUGACGAGACCUACUCUACAUCCAAAGAGAUGGCUCACAUGAAGCCAUGGCACCUGUAA